GACGAAGAGACGUAUGUUUUGAUUUUUAUUUUGAAGAAAAGUAAAAUAGAUUAGAGUCGUUUAAAUUUGAGAACUUAAUAGGGAAUUAGUAGGCAUGAUAUAUAACAUCAAAAAUUUGUAGACUUCAUAUCUUGUUAACCCAUACUUAAUCAAGAGUUUCUGGCUGGUACUUUUUUAUAUGUGCAGUUCAUUAUCAUACUUCGAUCAGAUGCUAGUAAUUACAGCAGAACUGCAGCAUGAAAUGAUGAGUUAAUAUGGAAGAGAAAAAAAAGAAAAGCAAUAUGGGAGAAACAAAAUUAGAAGAAAUCAUUGAUAAAGAAGAAGGAAAAUUCAGAUCAAAGAUGAUCAAAGUAUUUGGAGAUCUGCAUCCUUAUACUUUCUAUGUAACAUAUGGUCAUUCUGAGGAUUCAUUUAUGAGCAAAGAUGCAGAUUACUUGGAAAGCAAGACUAAAAAGUCUGAACCUUUUGAUAAACUUAUUAAAAUGUGCGAUGCUGACAAAGAAGCAGAGGGAGAAUUUCUUUCUCUUUUGUCAAAAUUGGAAAAGGAAAAACCUACACCAUCCCUAAAUGAGGCUCUUCAGGAGUUAAAAAAAGAAUGUGCUCAAGUACUUAAAUUGUUUGAUAAAACUGUCAGCCUUUGUCAAAAUUACUUUAACCUGGAGUUUAAUGAGUGUAGGAAACGAACUGAAAAACAAAAGCUGCUACAAAAGCCUAUGCUUAGUCAAGUAGAAAAAUUUAUUUCAGAUGUUGAAGAAACAGGUGAUCUAGAACUGCGUUCACUUAGAGAACAUAUUGCAACAUGCAUGUUUGAUUUAGGUUCAUCAUGGUCAAAAAGAGUUGAUGAUUUAUAUGAAGAAAAGCAAAAAAAGCCACUUGUGAUGGAAUUAUGGUGUGGAAGUGCUUAUACUCUUUCUUCUAAAGAUGUACGAGAUACUUUCCUGGUUGAUCAAAAAGAAAUGAGUAUUCUGUGGCAAAAAGCAUUUGAUGAUUUGAUAAUGCUUGCAACAGAAUUAGAAAAGUACAGAUACAACUAUAAUUUGACAAAGUCUAGACUUGAACAAGAGGUUUUCUGGAUGAGUAGGGAAUAUAGAGAAAAUAUGCCUGAACUUACACGAAUUCAAAGGAAUUUUGCUUUUAUUGUAGACAAAAAAAUAAUACUCAAAAAAGAACUAAAAUCUUUGGGAAAAGAAAUCUUAUUGGAACAGUGUAAAAUGGAAGAAAUUAAAAACAAAUUUUCUAAGAAGAUUAACUGUAUGAGGCAUUCAAAUAAACUUGCUAAAGGAAGACUGACUUUCAAGCAUCAACGUAUAUUUGACAUUAAACGAAGUGAAGUUAUAGAAUUGCUGGCUACCAUUUUAAAAGGAGAUAAAUUUGUCCAUGAGGAAAUUCUAAAUGUGACUGAAGAGGAUAUAGAUUUGUCUUUUCUGAAGCCUGAGGAUAUUAAAAAAAUUCGUGCUCUGUCGUCUUCAAAGCUAUCUAUGAAAGCUCAAAUUAAUGAGGAUUUAAAGAGGAAAAUCCCAACUUUACAUGAUGAUGAAUUUGCAGAUGCUUUUCGUACAUUAGUGUCCAGUAGGAAUUUGAUUAAUUUAUUAAAUCUGUUGACAGAUGAACUGGUAA